AUGAUGCACACCCUCUAUAAAGUGACAACCAAGGGAGACAUCCAGGAAGUGGCCAAGUUGCUGGAUGAGGGCCGUGAUGUCAACGAGAUCUUCGACGGCGGAGAAACAGCUUUGCAUGGUGCUGCAGGAUUUGGUAAUACACAAGCAAGCGAGCUUCUGUUGGAUCGAGGCGCAGAUCCGAACAUCAGAGAUGUGGUCAGUAUUUAA